GAACAUACCAUUUUGUGCGACUUCACUUGUGGUCUGGAUGCAACAUGCUCGCAAGUCGCAAAGCCAGUGGUCAGAAUCUCAGCCUUUUCAAGGCUCGCAAGAAGAAAAAGCAAAAGCACAAUGAUUCGGCACUAAGCCACCCCUCAGCCCCUCAAUCUUCGACCCCUCACUUCAGCAAAUCGAAAUCACGAUCUCGGUCACGGUGCUCAUGUUUACACUUCACAGCAAUGGGCAGACGAAUAGAAGGCUUUUGCACCCUCAGCCAUUUCCAAAUCUUGACAGGAUGGCUCAAUAUUGUUCUUGCGUUAUCUCUGAUGGCUUGGAAGCAUGCAUGCCAGCUAUCACCUGUCUCAAGAAUAGCCUACCAGAGUGUAGGGAUGUAUAAAAUUGUAAUAUAAU